UUUUUUCAUGAUUUGUUUUUUUGAAAAAAAAAUCUAUUGUAUGAAAAAUUUUAUUUUUUUAUCAUUCAAUUUUUGAUACAACAAUCUGAUCAUCAUGGGCUCUUAUUUAUCGAAACCGCUUACCAAAAUUGAUAGUUCUAUUUGUGAGAAUGAUCAUUUCAUUUAUUGUACAGCCGAAAUGCAAGGAUGGCGCAAAACUCAAGAGGAUGCACAUGUCGCUAUAUUAAAUUACGACGAUAAAGAUUCAGUAUUUUUCGCUGUUUUUGAUGGCCAUGGUGGUGAUGAAGUAUCCAAAUAUUGUGCACUAAAAUUACCGAAUUUUGUGAAAAAUUCUUCGCUUUACAAAGAAGACAAAAUUGUUGAGGCAUUGGAAGAUUCUUUCUUAAAAUUCGAUAAUACACUCAAAGAAUCUGCUGUAGUAUCUGAGCUAAAAAAAUUAGCAAAUAUUGACGAAGCCAAUGAAAUUGAUGAGAAUGAAACAUCUGAUCUAAGAAAAGAGGCUUCCAUACCGAUCGAAGAAAUAAUAAACAAAAAUUUCAAAUGUUAUGAAAAUGACAAAGACAAUGAAAACGUUCAAAAUGGAAACAGCGAUAAUUCCGAUGAACAGGAAAGUUCAUCAACAUCAUCAUCAUUGGACAUUUCUUUGAAGAAAAAAAGUCUAUUACUUAGAUCAGAAACUUUGAAAGCUUUCUUGGAAGAUUAUCUCAAUGAGGAGGAAGAUGAUGAAGAAGAUGAUGAAAGUGAUGAAGAGAAUGGCGAAUUUUCAGAUUCAUCAUCAAAUGAUGAUGAAGAAAACGAUGAAGAAAAUGAUGAAGAAGAUGAUGAUAAUGAUGAAGAUCUCGAUGAUGACGAUAAGAAUGAUGAUGGCGAAGAUGUUGCAACUGGCUUAAAAAAUUUUUUCAAUCUUGAUUAUGAACCAGGAAAAGGAAGCGGUUGCACGGCAAUUGUUGCCGUGAUUCGCGAUAACAUGCUUCAUGUAGCCAAUGUUGGUGAUUCACGUUGUGUUCUAUCACGAGAAGGCAAAGCUCUCGACAUGUCAGAAGAUCAUAAACCAGAAGAUGAUAAAGAAAAGGAACGAAUUAUCAAUGCUGGUGGUGAAAUAACACAUGAUGGCCGUGUGAAUGGUGGUCUCAAUUUGUCUCGUGCCAUUGGUGAUCACAUGUAUAAGAAUAAUACCAAGCUUUCUGAUCGUGAACAAAUGAUAACAGCAUUGCCUGACAUUCGUACUUGUUCGAUUGAUGUCGAAAAAGAUGAUUUCCUUUUCCUCGCUUGUGAUGGAAUAUGGAAUUCUAUGAAUAGUCAAGAAGUGGUUGAUUUCAUUAAAGAACGUCUGAAUAAUAACGUCGAUUUGAAAGUAAUAUGCGAAGAGUUAUUCAAAGCCUGUUUGGCACCAAGCACAGAUGGUGAUGGAUCUGGAUGCGAUAAUAUGACAUGUAUAUUGGUUCGAUUUAAAAAGCCUUCAGAGAAUUCUACUAAUAACGGAAACAGCAGUAAACGAUCUCUUGAAGAUGAUUCAACUAACCACAGUAGCACAUCAACAUUAAAUGACGAGCAUUCCGAAUCAAACAAUAAACGAAUUAGAAAUAAUGAUGAUGAUGAAACAAUUAAUGACGAUCUUUAUAAACCAGGUUCUUCUCGAGACUAAAACAUCAUUCAAGACAUUCGGAAGAUUUAUUUUAAGAAAUUUUGUAAACAAAAAAAAAUCCGAAUGACUUUAUUCAUAUUAG